GCUAAUGCGUCUAUCAUACUGAACGUGCAGUUUUAUUCAGAAUAACGCUUCAUGAGAGAAAUUUAGACAUAUGAAUUUUAAAUUUAAAUGAACUAAUUUACGUUGCUACAUAGUGUGGUAUAACUAGCACAUGCUAGUAGUUUAAAUCAAAAAUACCUUUGUGAUUAUAUGCACAAAGAACAGUUUUAUUAACAGCUAACGAAAGUUUAAUGUGUUUUGGAAGCUACUAAAUAGUUGUUUGUCAAAAAAUAAAAUAAAAAUAAUUUAAAAAAUAGUUAUAUAAUAUGACAGAUAACUAAACAAUUAAGCAAAGUGAAUAUGGCAGUCGGAUCAUUCCAGGCGAUUAUUUAUUUUUUAAGCUUAUUGAUUUCGAGUGAGCUUCAGACAGUAUUCGGUUCAAGUGACUGUGAUUUCAGCGCUCAGGAAGAUCUGCCGAGCCGUCGUGAGACAGCAUAUAUUACAUUGAUAUAUGGCGACAAUGACGUUAUACCCAGACGAGCACCAUCAGAAAUCCACAUAGACCUUAACGACCAGAAAUUAAUAUACGAACUAGAGGCAAGAAAACUGCCAAUUAACGCGGAGACAAGGGUCACAUACGGGGACAGUUCAAAAUUAAACCGACAACAAACAUCAAAGAUCAGCAACGACUGUGUCGUCACGGGAACAUCGACGAAUGACUUCAGGGACAACCUGGUGUUGUCGUUCUGCAGUGAUAUAACUGGUUUGUUUCACCAUGGCACCAAUACAUUUCACGUAGAAGAGGCAUUUCCCACGGAAUCCAAAGACACAUUCAAUGUUUCGAUUUCAAAAUCCACAAGAACAAAACCUUUAGGGGGCAGCACCGGACCCUACUUUGGUUCAGAAGUACUUCUCAGCCGUAAAAAACGCGCAGCAAUUCCCCAGAUCACCGUAGAAACGGUGGUAAUUUUGGACGAAGAUUUCGUAGCGAGUGCUCGUUCGCGAGGCCAGACGACCAAUCAAUCUUUGAUUGACUUUAUGACAAUGCGGUGGACUGCGGUUCAAGCAGAAUGGGGCAGGGCGGAUUUGUUUGGAUACGACAUACAUAUUGAAGUAAAAGAACUCGUAAUAUGGGAAACGAAUCCAUCGUGGUACAACCCCAGCACAAACCUGUUAAACACUCUUAGCAGCAUAUGUACCGGGGCAUAUAACCAAGGACUCUAUACGGACUUCGACCAUAUUCACCUCUUUACUGGAACAAAAGGCACAGAUGUGGCGGGCAAAGCCUUUACUGGAAAGGUGUGUGAUCCGCGGUACAAAUGCGCGGUGUCGACCGAUACACGCGUGACCGAGUUUACCAUUGCUGCACACGAGUUAGGACACAACAUGGGUAUGAAUCACGACGUUGAUAACGGAUGUCCAGCACCAAAUGACGGCAUUAUGGGCUCCAAGGUCUUCGGAUGGAGCGCUUGCAGCAUCAGUGAAACCAGAGCUCUUCUUAACCAGAGUUCAUCAAGUUGUCUGAAUGAAACAAACGUCAACUCCGCGACCGCUCUAAACCUUGUUGAGGCCUGGCCAGGGAUGAUAUUCACAGAUGACGAGAUUUGUGAAUUUAAGUUCGGGAAAGGAUACAGAUACAGAAAAUUUCCUUAUGGCUCUUUCUCUGAAUGUACGCUUUACUCGUGCGUGAACAUGAACACGAGUUCUCCACUGUACGGUGUCAUGUACAACGAGGCAGUGCCCACGGAUGGGAGAUACUGUGGCCCCCAACAGGUUUGUUCAUCCCAAGUGGUAAAUGGAGCAUAUCAGUGUAUAUUCUGGAACGAAACCGGUCUUGACCUUGGAUUAAUUACGGAAGUAGCGGGGAAUUGGUCUAGUUACGAAGAUAUGACGUCAUGUAGUCGCACGUGUGGAACAGGAGUUCAAUACCGACAGCGAAAAUGCAACAAUCCAACACCAAGAAAUACGAUGUGGUGUGACGGAAAUGAAUACCACGCCGAACUCUGCAACACACAUCCCUGCUCAGAUGAUCCCAGUGACGAUGUCGAACUCCGGAAGGCGCGGGCGGGUGAGAGUUGCAGCCAUAUGAGAGCGGCCGAAAUAUAUGAGGAAAUCAACCUUGUGUCCACCAAUUUUCUCGAUACGGGAGAUAGGUUUAACAAUUAUGAAUGGGGCCAGUGUGAGGUGAAGUGUGGUACGGCGGAGGGGGUGACGGUGGGAGGUUUUCAACGGUUCGGUCUGAUGCCCGACGGAACGCAAUGUGAUCUUCCGGAAAUGACAUCGUUUAUUGAAACUAACAACCUGCCAGGUGGCUCCGGUCGAACGGGUCGAUGUGUUCAAGGAUAUUGUCAAAUGUUUGGAUGUGACAACUCGACCAAUGAUGUGGUAUUUGACAGAUGUGGUGUAUGUAAUGGAGACAACUCCACGUGCCAGUUUAUAGAGGGCGUCUACACGGUCAACGUUACAAAAGAUGAGCGAUGGGAAAUAAUGACUCUUCCAGCGGGUGCCUUCAACAUCGGGUUUUACUUUAUAUUUAACGAUAUGAGGAACCACUACUUUGAACUUCGAACACUUGAUGGGACUGGUAUUAUAACGGGCUCUAGCGAUUUCCGGGACAAUCCCAAAAACUACGCAGGCGCCUACUGGUACUCGUUCUUCCCCGCUGCAUACCUAUAUGCCGAGGGACCGACAGACACGCCCGUAGUGAUUAAGCUACACAACAGAGGCUCAAAUCCCAAUGCCGGUGUGCAGUUCGCAUAUUCCCUACCUGAUGAUAUGAGCUCGUGCACCGGAACUUGUGAGAAUGGGGGCACGUGGAACGACACUCUGUGUUACUGCGAGUGCGCUUCCGGUUUCUACGGUAAAUCAUGCAACGCAACGUGCAAUAAGUACUGCAACAACGGACAAAACCUGGCGACAGACGCGUGCCAGUGCGAUUGUCAGGGGAACACGUAUGGUUCAGUGUGCAAUUGCAGGUACCCGUUUACUGGACGCGACUGCCAGGACUGCAAGGUUACUUCUUGUCAGAAUGGGGGAACAUUCAACGCCACUGGCUGCAGGUGUACCUGUCCUGUUGGAUUUGGUGGACUCGACUGCAGUGGCAUGUGUGCUGACACUUCCGCAAGCUGUGCAACCGACGCAGCCGCAGGGAAAUGCGAGAGUAAUAAUGAAAAUAUGGAGAAAAAUUGCUACCCGUCAUGCGGUCUUUGCGAAGCAAGCCCAACAACGACAGCAUCAGCAACAACAUCAGCGUCAACGACAGCUGCAGCAACACAGGACUCAACAACAUCCGAUAACGGGCUAGGAUCAACGGUUGAUAGCGGACAUGGAGGUGGAGUAGGGACUAACGUCGUGGACAAGGAUUUAUAUGCAACUCUACUCGUUUGUUACAGUGCACUUAUAUUUUCUUUUAACUGGUGACUAUUUAUAAAAUAGUUUCGUUUUUUUAUGCGUUUGUGAUAGAACUGACAACAUUUCUUUGGAAUAAUGCUUACUGCUUUUACGUUACGUACGUGUUUUGAAAGAAGGAUAUCAUGGGACUGGUUUACGUUUUCUAGGGUCAGGGGCCAUAUAUAUUACAGAUGCAUCUUCAGUAAAAGUUUAACCUUUUCCUAAAAAUCAACAAAUUCCUUAACUGUUUUAUUUCACUGGUAAAACGUGCAAUGCUAAGUGUAUAUUCUGCGAUUAAAAUAUGGACACGUUUGUUUUAAAAAGUGAAAACCCCAUUUUAAAGAAAUAGAAAAAUUCCAUAUUUUACACUUAAAUUUAUAUAUGUUAAAAUUCUUGGUGUUUCUGUAAUAUAGACCCGGACUUCGAAACACAUAGUUUCGUUUGAUAUGAAAAUGAAGUUCCUGUAACAAUGAACAUCAUCAAAAUUUCAAAUAAGAGCUCAAUUUGUUAUAUUCAUGAACAUUCUAUAUUUUGACGGGAAGCGUUUGUAACUCUUCUGAAACAACGCUUUUACAAAACUGUGUUCAAAUGAGUGUCUGUCAGUUUAUGUUUAAUGUUUGUUAAUUUAUGUGAGUAAACUGACUUACUUUCAACAUAGGUCAAACAUAUAUAAUAUAUAUGUGAAUGAGACCCUUUACUGUACUACAUACUACAUGCUAUCAUUUGUAUUAGAUGUAUAAUAGUGAAUUCCUGUUAUUGCUGUUGGCUUAAAAUUCUAGUUUUUACACUAUCGUUAAGUUUUGCAAUUCUGUUAUUUUUUUAAUUAAACGAAGA